AUGCUCCGUCGUCAAGCUCGUGAACGACGACAAUACGUAUAUGCCAAGUCCCUCGAAGCGCAAGAACGCCAGACCUACGAACGCAAACAGCGCAUAAAAGAUGCUCUGGCCAGUGGCAAGCAACUUCCGACAGAGCUCCGGAAGGAUGCCAAAGAUCUUGGGCGUGAUUUAGCCUUCGACGAUGCACAAACCAAGCCUUCUAACCAUGUUGACAACGAGUACUCUCGUGCCGGAAUGGAGGACCCGAAGAUCAUCGUGACUACUUCGCGUGACCCUAGCUCCAAGUUGCUACAAUUUGCCAAGGAAAUGCGCCUCGUCUUCCCCAACUCGCACCGAAUAAAUCGAGGAAACUAUGUCGUGAAGGAGCUCGCAGACGCUUGCCGAGCAAACGAUGUCACGGACCUGGUUAUAUUACACGAGCACCGUGGUACACCCGACGCUAUGAUUGUUUCCCACUUCCCGCACGGGCCCACUGUUUACUUCAGCCUUCAUAACGUUACCCUUCGUCACGACAUCGCAUCGUACAAAUCAUCGACAGUAUCAGAACAAUACCCUCAUCUCAUAUUCGAGAACUUUAGUUCCAAGCUAGGCGAGAGAAUACGGGACGUACUAAAAUACCUUUUCCCUGUGCCGAAGGAGGACAGCAAGCGAGUGAUGACUUUCGCCAAUGAGAAUGACUUCAUUUCAUUCCGACAUCACGUCUUUGUCAACAUUCCUCGCUCGGUGCAACUCGCUGAGGUGGGGCCGCGAUUCGAAAUGAAACCGUACGAAAUCCGGCAAGGCACCAUAGAACAGAAGGAAGCCGACCGCGAAUGGGUGCUGGCGCAUUAUUCUCGAACAGCGAAGAAACGUCGCCUCCUGACUUCGAACACCUACAUGUCCGAGUCGGAACCCACGAAACGUACUAAGCGUUGA